UAGGCCUAGGUCAUUUACAUAUUCAUGUGUGCGGCGCUAUACAAUCUUUGGUUUGAACGCAAAUCAGUGUUUCAAGUGUUUCCCACAAAACUAGUGCAUAAAUAUUUGAAAAGAAUUAUUUUAUCCACACCCAUGUUUAAGUAAUCCAUUUGAUAACAUUCUGAAGUCGCGGUGUGUAAAGAACUUGAAACAGUAGGUGGCAUACUAGUAUUGCCAAAGAUCGUACAGCGCCGCUAUAUAAUCUUUGGUAUUGCCACGGACAUGCAAGUCAAGCCAUGAAAAAUGUAGCCCUGGAAAAAACUGACCAAUAGGAGAGCUCGUUUCGGCGUCGAGGCUUCCUCUUGUAAACAACAGCAAACGAGAAUUAAAGCCGGUGUCUGUCGACUGACCUUCUUGCAGUUGGACCAUCACACUCUCUGGAGAUCAACCCUCCGGAGAGAGACACAGUGCAUGCAACAAUGCGCUUGGAGGACCUUGAUGGGGAUUAUGAUGAUGCUCAAUUUGGCCAGUAUUUCCCUGAAGAUUGGCGCCGAGGAUGACUGUCGACAAGGGGCGUGGCCCCGCCUCCCCUCCUCUCCAUGUUCACGUGGAUGAAGUCACACCAGUUCACGUUCACAUCAAGAAAGGGGCUAAGAAAUCAGCCACAGCAAGGGCAGUUGAGGAAAAAUUGAAGGACAGCAAGGCUCGAUCGAGCCGAAGCUUUGGCAUGGGAAAUGUCAGACCAACCACCUCCUCCAAAGAACCCUGGGUCCCAGCUCCCGGGAAAUCAACCAAAGGAAAGAAAUUUUCAUGGCAGGGACCAUCACACUCUCUGGAGAUCAACCCUCCGGAGAGAGACACAGUGCAUGCAACAAUGCGCUUGGAGGACCUUGAUGGGGAUUAUGAUGAUGCUCGAUUCGGCCAGUACGAGAAAAAGAUUGACAGCCUCAUGACAGAAGUAGGCACCCUCAAGACAGAGAGGGAACUUGAGCGCACUAAACGCAUGGCAGAGAGAGCCAAGGAAGAACUGGAUAUCUCCAAACGUCUCCUGGAGAACCAGGAAGAAGAGAUCACCGACUACAAGGAGGAGCUGGAGAUGACGGAACGUGAAAAUGAGCAGCUACGACGCUCUGUGGACAUGCUCAGGAAUGACACUGACUUGACAAGGGCUGAGAAAGCUGUUGUCAAAUCAGAGCGUGAGAGACUCCUUAAGAAGCUGGUGGAAGUGGAGUUGGAUGCUGGGGCUGCCUCAAAGCAAGUCACUCAACUCAGGGAUGCAGUGAACAAACUGAGGGAGGAAAAGCGGAUCUCUUCUCAUGACAGCAAGAUCUUGACCAAGCAGCGAGAGCUACUUCUUCAGAAGCUUGAGGACUUUGAGAGAACCAACGCAACACUGAGACAGAUGCUACGGGACCAGCACAAAUCAGAGGCAAGGCGUGAACGAAGCGAGGAACAGCGCGACGUCCUCCUGCGCAAGCUCACCCAGUCAGAUGCCGACAACCAACGCCUGCGUGUCCUGGCCGUGGAGAAAGAUGAGGAGAUCGGCACGCUGCGGGACACGCUGGCCUCGGAGCGGGAGCAACUGCGCUCGGUAACAGAUCUGCAGGCCUCGGUGGCCGCCACCCGGGGCCACCUGCAGAACCAGCUGCGCAAGCGGGAGGCCGACUGCAACCGGAUGGCAGUGCAACUGCGGCAGGCAGAGAACCGGGCAGAGCAGCAGCAGAUCGAGGUGGACCACGUCCAGGGGCUGCUAGCGGCUGCCAAGGAGAAGGCAGCCGCCGACAAGGAGGCCCUCAAGAGAGCCACCAGAGUUCAGAAAGAUCGUGCGACACGCAGUGAGGAUGCUGUGGAGAGGCUAAACAUGCAGCUGCUGGAGUCGGAGACUAAGCUAGCAGACUCGGCCAUGGCCAGCGAUCAGUGGAAGGCCCGCGUAGAGAAACUCACCCGGGAGAAAGUGCAGCAGGAGACUGAGAAUGCGGUACUCUCACGGAGGAUUGAUGAUUUGGAAGACAAGCUGAAAGAAGCUGAAAUGAGCAUGCGGGUUACAGCAGAUGACCUCAAUCAUAAACUACAUAGCAAGUCUACUGAACUUACCACACUGAAACUAGAGAAUGACAAACUCCGGUCAUCUCUAGCCACUGUGCAAGACAAGCUGACCUUUGCCACAAGUGAGGUGGACCAACUCAAGACCAGCAUCCAUGACUAUGAGUCCCUCGUUGGCGAGUACAAAUCUCAGCAUCCAUUCUCCUAUUUUAAGCACAGAUCAAGGAUGAGUAAAUCUCGUCGGGAGGCUCUGGAUGCAUCCCUCCAACUGGAACAGGAACAGCAGCAGAGGAGCCGCAGAGAGCAAGAGGCAGUCAAGGAGAUGGACAUUUUGAGGAAUCACCUGGAGAGGAGACUACAAGAGCUGGAACCACUGCCGGAGCAGCUGCGUAACUCAGAACAGAAGCUCCUUGAAGCAACAGAGAAGCUUCUGGCCCAGGAGAGAAGAUUCUCUGAACAGACAAAGGUCAUCUCAGAUCUUUCUACCAAGGUCGAACACCAGACUGAGCAGGUGGAAACAAUGAGGGAUAAAUGGCACACAGCACAGGAUGGCAACAGGUCUCUAAGCGCCCAAAUGGAGUCUGUCCAAAGGCGCCUGCAAGAAGCUGAAGACCAGAACAAGGAGCUCCAUGCCAUCAUUGCCAAACGGGAAGAGACCAUCCACCAAAACCAGUUGAGGCUAGAGGACAAGACCCGAGAGAAUUCCAGCCUGACGCGGCAGCUAGAGCAGGCCAUCAGCGACAGUCGGCGCCUAGAGGAGGAGGGAAGGGAAAAGGCCAUCCAGCGAGAACGCAACGCCCAGGCCAGGAUCAUGGACCUGGAGUCACAGCUCAACCGGAUCAAGGGGGAAGUGCACCAGACAAAGCGGGCCAAGGAGGAUGCGGAGCGUAAAUUCAACUCUCAACUUUACGACCUGAAGGACCGCCUAGAGCAGUCCCAUAGCACCAACCGCAGCAUGCAGAACUACGUCCAGUUCCUCAAGAACUCCUACGCCAACGUCUUUGGAGAUACCUCCCUCAGCGGGUCCCCUCUGAGGGGCCACACGCCGUUGCGGACAUGACAGGGUGGAGCUUUAAAUUAUUUCAGGCAUAGGGAUGUAGGGUACCACAAUCAGGUAGGUGAAGGACUGACACAAGCAAGGCUUACAAGUGGGCUUCAUCAUGCAUCGAAGGCGUAUAAAAGAUUUCAGCUCAUUUGGACCAUUUUCCAUUUGGUCUAUUCAGUCCAAUGCAUGAUUUGCCAGACACCAAAGUACAUUUACAUAAGUAUCAAUUUGAUUGUUAAAAAGUACCCUUUGAAACACUGACAGUCAGUUCCACUAAACAGUCCACAAAAUUGGACUGUGGUUUUCAAAGUAAUUUCUGGUUUUCCUUAUUGGGCAGAAGACAGUUUUUCAGUGAUUUAUACUAAAAGUUAAGUGGAGGGGGCAUGGACAUAAUCAUAGAUUUAAAGCAAAGAAAUCCCCUUUGAGUCUGAGAUUUUACUGUGCAGACUCACUUCCUCCUUUUAGAGAUCACAGCAUAUGGCCGAGAGUAAUCCAGGAUUCUUACCAAAAUAAUACUCGAGGUUUAUAAAGAAUGAUGUAGACGCGUGAAGACCCAUUUUCACAAGUCUUUGCGCACUGACGAGUAAAAACACUAGUUAUUUGUACACUUGCCACUCAUCACAGCAGUGCUGUUUUGCAUUCAGGAAUUGAGUGUAGAAAGUAUCAACAAUACGCAAUACGCUGCAGGAGAAUUUAUUUAACUCGUACUGGCAAAACGCUGUUUUAGUUAUCCAUAUUUAUUUACAUAUUUUGUGAACAGUUUUUAAGACAGUAAUAAUAGAGCUGCUUAGAAAUCAGGCAAGUUACACAUCAGUGAAUCAGGCACAGUGAAUGUUUCAAUCAGUAAAAGAUACAUACUUGCUGAAAGUGAAAUGAACUUAUUUUUUACAGCCAACCGCUGUCUAGGAUCAGGAACUAAUGUCUUUGUCUGUGUUUAGUGUACUUGUACUGUAGAUGGAAAACAAAUCCAAGCUAUGUUUGGUGGUGAAGUACCAGGAUCACACCAUUAUUAAAAUCUACCCAAUGCUGGCAAAAUGAAUUGAAGGUCUGCUUUUAACUUUAUUGCAUGCUUGGACUACCAUUUGUUGUCGAGGGAAAGAUCACUAUGCCCUUAAUACUCUAGACUGAUUAGUACCAAAAAUAGUUGGUCAUACCCUGGUAGUUAAGCACUUGUGCAGUUCCUUUUUAUGCCACAUACAGUUAACAUACAGUUAAAGAUGAUACAACAUUGAAACAUCAGUCAUCAAAACAUUGUUUGUAAUUAAAAUUUUUAUUUUUCC